AUGUUCAACAAGAAGCUUGGUCACAAGGAUGGCUUCCUGAACUGCAUCGACAAAGGAGAUACACCACUGCAUACCCUGCAUAUGGAUCAUGUCGGACCAAUGGACGCGACAGCGAAACAGUAUAAGUACGUGCUAACGACGACCAGCGGAGAGGAAACGUUGCGGAAGCUGGAGGUAUGGUCAUCGAUCUUCGGCAACCCGGCGCGCGUCAUCAGUGAUCGGGGAUCGGCAUUUACAUCGCAGAUAUUCAGCGAGCAUCUGAAGAAAAAUGGUAUCGAUCAUGUCGUGAGUACUACUGGGGUGCCAAGAGAACAAUGGGGUAACGAUAUUGUUUCGUUCAUCGACGAUUGCAAAUUCACUGUGGUGUACCUGUUGAGAACAAAGGCGGAGGUUUACCAGAAAUUCCGUGAGUAUGAGGCCAUGGUGUGUAAAGUUUGGUGCGCCGAACUUCGAUGCGACAACGGUGGCGAAUAA